AUGCUUCCUCAAAAGGAACCCAAAAAGCUCCCGCCGAGUUCGCCAUCCAUUCCCAUCCUAGGCCACCUCCAGCUCAUGAAACUCUUCCUCCACCAAGUACUCUACUCCCUCUCCCAAUCUUACGGCCCCAUCUUCUCUCUCCACUUCGCCUCCUGCCAAGUGGUCAUCGUCUCGUCGGCCAAAGUGGCCGAAGAAUGCUGCACUAACUACGACAUCGUCCUUGCCAACAGCCCCUCCACCGUCGCUGGUGGGAACUCUGGGUACGACGACAGGAUCCUUGUCUUCGCCUCCUACGGCGAACAAUGGCGCAAUAUCUGCCGCUUUUGCACCCUCGAGAUCUUUUCCUCAGCCCGUCUCAACUCCUUUCUGCCCAUUCGGAGGGAUGAAAUCAAGCGACUCCUGCUUAAUCGAAACAAAGAGCCUCAACCUCAUCAUCUGGCAACGACUUCACUAAGGAUGCUGACUGGGAAGAGGUAUUUUGGGGAAGAUGUGACCAAAGCCGAUGAGGCAACGGUGCUUCGCGAGGUCAUGUCCGAAAUUAUCGAGUAUGUUGUCAGUGCGUAUCCAGGGGACUACUUGAGUAUUUUGAGGUUGGUCUUAAGGAAUUAUGAGAAGAAAUGUCUAAGUUGA